CUUGCAGUCAUGGCGAAGUUUUUCUCUCUAGGCCUUCUUUUCCUCCUCUUCCUAUUUUUCAUUGCAACUUCAGAGUUUGCACCUGAGGAGAGAGAACAACUAACCAAGAAAGUUCACAAGGGGAAAUAUGGUCCAGGAAGCUUGAGAAGUUACCAGUGCCCUAAUGCUUGCUCAUGGAGAUGUUCAAAGACACAGUAUCACAAGCCAUGCAUGUUCUUUUGCCAAAAGUGUUGCAGGAAAUGUCUCUGUGUGCCCCCUGGCUUCUAUGGCAACAAGCAGGUUUGUGCUUGCUACAAUGACUGGAAGACCAAGAGGGGAGGACCCAAAUGCCCCUAAAUAAUCUCUCUCUCUCUCUCUAAAUGCUCAUUAAUCUUCUCUCUCUAAAUUAACCUACAAUACAUUUAUAGUUUGUAGUUAAUGUGAGUUUGACAUUGGCAAAAAUUCUCUCCCACUCAUAGAUUUUAUUUUAUUUUUUUGUCAUGUGGUUACAAUAGGAUUUUAGAGUUUGGGACUGCUUGAUAUGUGAGUUGAAAUGGGCAAAUUCUCUCUCUCUCUCUCUCUACAUGGAUGAAUGUUUCAUGCUUCUUGCUUAUACAUUGAACUUAUACA